UGCCUGGCAGAGGCUGCGAGGCCUCGCUUCAUUCACAGAAAUGUGGGGCUGCUAGCCAGCCCUUUCAUUCACACGCGCAGAAUCUCAUUCACAUUUUGCAGUUUCGCUAGCCGCUUCUAACGAAGAGAGCCGUUUGGGAGCGAUAGGGUUUUCUGGGCAGUAGAGACAAGUAAAAAUAAGCUGUGGUGUGUAUAUUUGCGGUUGCUAUGCUAGGAGGAUGAAGAGAGGAAUGAAUGCUGUGUGGAUGCUGUAGCAGGUUUGCAAUGUGGUGAUGAAAGGCUAUUCCGCAGAUCACUAGAAACCUGCUUUUACACUGACUAGGACAUUGCCAUUAUUCAUCACUGCUGGGAUAAGAGGACGUCAGUUUGCUGCUACAUGGACUUUUGAUAUUCUCUUAGUAUUUCUCAGUUUUUCAGAAUUAAACCAAAUAUUCCACUGAACUGAAGAUCCAUUUCACAGCUUUCUUUGGAGAGAAUAUCAGUGGUGAAAGAAAAAACAUCUCCUAAGCCUGUUGUCGGACAUCAGAAAAAUACUUUUCUUCACACAUAGAUUCACAAAUAUGUGAGGUGGAAGAACAUUUAAACAGAAGAAUAGAGUGUGGUGUUUUUAAAGGAUGUUAAUUCAGUUUUAGAGGUAAUUGCCUUUGGUACCAAAAGAGGGGGAAAAAAAUUAAAGGUUGGAAGGAAAUAUCUGUUUGAGAAGAUAGGAAAAGGAAAUUUGAGAAUUGAUUGGUGCUAGUGUGCUGUAAGUGGGUGGAUGGCUUUUUUUCCCUUCUUUUUUUUUUUUGCUACAGGAAGUGAUUUGCAGUGUUCACUGAGCCUUUUGUUGAAAAGGGUCCUUCUCAUUUGUGUGAGUCAUGCUUUUGCUGUGAGCGAGUUGGCAGCUCUAAGCAGGACUGGGAUCUCUGUCAUAGAAAACUAUUACUUCACCCAACCUUAACGUGGAACCAUAAGAAAUAUCUUAGAAAUAUAUGUAUUUUUGUUCUUCCUUAUAUUCUUUGAUUUUUUUACCCCAAAAUCUCGUUGUCCGUCCGUGUUGUUAUGAAUCGCCUGCUAUGUUAGCACAGGCAUCUCCUGCGCUGGCAUCAGAUUUGCCAGAACAUAUGCAGGAAACCAGAUAGAAGGGCAUGCUUCAACGUACCAAGUAUAACCGCUUCAGGAAUGAUUCGGUGACAUCAGUUGAUGAUCUUAUUCACAAUUUGUCCAUGAACAGCAAGGUGUCAGCAGUUGCUACGACUUCAACGGCACCUUCCUACCUGGUCUCGCCAGAGGUUCUCCGCAAGGACCAAGAAGAUGGACCCACCACCCUGUGCACCCUCAUCCAUAAAGUGUCCCACUUGAAACUCUCUAACACAGGCAGCCUUUUGGGUAUCAAAAACCUCUCCUCUGCAGUAAAGGAGCUUGCUGUCUCCAAGUUGCAGGGAAGCUUGAGUGCUUCUAGCUCGGCAGCAGGGGCUUCAGACAACACAUGUAACCUUGUCUCUGCCACUUCGUGUUCUCAGCAGGACGUGAGCAAGAUGAGUAUGGGGAAAAAAACACGGUCAGAGGAGAUGCACCCAGGAGGUGAAGACUGGAAUCAAAGUAGCAGCUUUGUCAAUAAACCCUCUCGAGGAUGGCUGCACUCGAGUGAGAAGAUCCUGGGACCUGGUGUGACGUACAUUGUGAAGUACUUGGGGUGUAUAGAAGUCUUACGUUCAAUGAGAUCUCUUGACUUCAAUACUAGAACACAGAUUACAAGGGAAGCAAUCAGUCGUGUUUGUGAAGCCGUGCCUGGUGCCAAAGGAGCCUUCAAGAAACGAAAGCCACCAAGUAAAGCUCUUUCUAGCAUCUUGGGAAAGAGCAAUCUUCAGUUCGCAGGAAUGAGCAUAAUGCUGAAUAUCUCCACCACCAGUUUAAAUCUCAUGACGCCUGAUACGAAACAGAUCAUAGCAAAUCACCAUAUGCAAUCUAUUUCCUUUGCAUCUGGAGGUGAUCCGGAUACUACUGAUUAUGUUGCAUAUGUAGCUAAGGACCCUGUUAAUCGGCGAGCUUGCCAUAUCCUGGAGUGUUGUGAUGGCCUGGCGCAGGAUGUCAUCAGCACCAUAGGGCAAGCCUUUGAGCUUCGAUUUAAGCAAUAUUUACGAUGUCCCUCUAAGAUGCCUACUUUCCAUGACAGGAUGCAGAGUUUUGAUGAGCCGUGGAUGGAGGAAGAGGGAGACGCAGCAGAACAUCCCUAUUACAACAACAUCCCCAAUAAAAUGCCCCCUCCUGGCGGCUUCAUUGAUGCCAGGCUCAAAGCGAGGCUUCCCACUGCUGCGGAUGCAGCUCAGUCUGCAGCAGGAGUGGGAAGAGAGCAAACCUAUUAUCAGAGUCGGCACCUAGGAGACAAAUUUAGUGAAGACUGGCAUCAUGGGCCUGUUAAACAAGGAUCUUUGGAUAUUUAUAGCAUGCCAGAAGGGAAAUCACAAGUAACCCCGACAGCAGAGAUGCCAACAUAUGUGAACACCCAACAUAUAAAUAUGGAAGCUCUAUUGGCACUUCAGCCAGAUGCUGAAAGUACCUUCAUUGGAACAACAGAUAAUACCAAAGAGAGCAGCCCAGGAAAGGAUCUAUUUGACAUGAAACCAUUUGAAGAUGCUCUCAAAAACCAAACGUCUGAGCCCAUGUUGAAUAAGACCACCUCCAUUGAAUGUACCAGUCCUCUUUUAUCCAGAGCAGCAGACUGGACUAUAAUGGAGGAGCUGAGUACCGAGCCUUGGUAUCAAGGAGAGAUGAGCAGGAAAGAAGCAGAACAGCUGCUAAAGAAAUGUGGAGACUUCCUUGUGAGGAAAAGUACCACGAAUCCGGGCUCUUAUGUGUUGACUGGCAUGCAUAAUGGACAAGCCAAGCAUCUUCUUUUGGUGGAUCCAGAAGGAACUGUUCGUACAAAAGAUCGUGUCUUUGACAGCAUAAGUCAUCUCAUCAACCAUCACCUUGAGAAUAAUUUGCCAAUAGUUUCUUCUGGGAGUGAACUCUGCCUGCAGCAGCCUGCUGAGAGGAAACACUGACUCUAGAUAACUCUUUUAGCUUUUGUAACUUGCAAGCUAUCACUGGUGGAUAUUGCAGAUCUGAAAACAUGUACAUUAACAACCAAAAAAAAGCAUAUUCAUAUAUAUUUCAUCAGUAUGUUUUCUUUAGGUUUAGGAAGCCCCAUUUCACACGGUACACUUGAAGAUUCUUAAUGCUUUAUGUGGACAUGAGGUCACAACAGAAGG